AUGGACCCCGGUCGCAUCACGAAACUCGGCGUUCUUUCCGUUCAAAACACCAUUUCCCGGCACGGCGGUCAGGACAUGCGUGCCACCGUCAUUUUAUUGAAGCUUUCACUCCUGCAGCGCCUAUCUCACCGCUUAAUCCCAAUUCUCUCCUUUGCGUCGGAGACAUGGCCCGCGGCAACGGCGUCAGUCGACGAUGGAUUCCCGUACUUCGACGUGCCGAAGCGUCGGCGGAGAAAUUCGGAGAGGAAGGCGUACGUGACGCCGAUGAAGGUUCUGAUCGAGAGGGCAAAGGCAGAGAGAGAAGCGCGAAAGGCGCAGCCAUGUCGGGUUUUGGACGAACCGCCGGCGAACGGGUUAUUGGUGCCGGAACUUGUAGAGGUAGCUCAUCGCGUUUAUCAAGCUCGCGGCUCGCUCCUCUUCGGUCUGAGUCAACUCGUCCAAGUCAUUCCCGUUUUGCGCUGCCGGUUUUGUAACGAGGUCCACAUUGGUUAUGUUGGUCAUGAAAUUCGAACAUGUACCGGAUCAGAGAGUUUUUCCCGGAAUGCAACGCAUGUUUGGACAAGGGGAGGUGUUCGAGAUGUGUUUUUCUUCCCUAAAUGCUUUCAUCUUUAUGAUCGUGUUGGUAAGCCAAGAGUUGGGCAUGAUGAAAGGUUCAGCAUUCCUCGUAUACCUGCCAUCGUUGAACUCUGUAUACAAGCAGGACUAGACCUUGAAAAGUAUCCUACUAAAAGGAGAACAAAGCCUGUAUAUUGUAUUGAAGGAAGAAUUGUAGAUUUUGAAUCAGUUGUGAAAGAGGAUGAAACUGAAGGACAAUGUUCUUUUGGAAAUGACAAACCUUUUGUGAAUUCAUCGACUUUGCUAAAGCAGCCUAUAGAGAAGGUCCAGAAUUUAUUCGAGAACAACUUAAGCCAUCUGGAUCAGUUAAGUGAUGAAGAAAGGAAUAAGUUAAGGGAUUUAAGUAAUCAUACACUGAACUCAUGGAUUGAGAUGUCAUCAGGUGCAAAGAAGAUCAUGGAGAAGUAUGCUGUGAAUACUUGCGGUUACUGUCCUGAGAUCCAGGUUGGUCCGAAAGGGCAUAAGUUGAGAAUGUGCAAGGCUUCAAAGCAUCAGUCUCGAAAUGGUUUACAUGCAUGGCAAGAGGCAACAUUAGAUGAUCUUGUAGAUCCAAAUUAUGUCUGGCAUGUGGAGGAUCUGAAUGGACCUGCUCUGAAUAACAAUCUUAAGAGAUAUUAUGGGAAGGCUCCAGCUGUGGUGGAAAUCUGUGUGCAUGCUGGAGCUCCUGUUCCUGAUCAAUAUAGGACCAUGAUGAGAUUAGACGUGGUUUCCCCUGAUCGAGAUGAAGUCGAUCUUGUGGCCUAA